GAAAUCAAAAACGGAAGCCUGAUCCCAAAACGAUAUCAAAAAUAUAAAGUACAUUUCAUUCAGUUUCAUUUUUCUGUGUGUCUAGAAAAUUGUCCAAAUUAAUUUCUAACAAUGGCAAAUAAACCAAAAAUCGCCAAAAGCAAGCCCCGCAGCUCUGUUGUCGCCCGUCGUGUUAAAAAACCCAACCCAGUACGUCUUCGCAGUCUGGGGGAUCUGAACGAGUUGGAAAAGGCUCGAGUGGCAUCCGCUCUGGAUGCAGCAGCCAAUUUGGCAACGGAGAAUUUGAAGGAGAAGAAGGAGAAUUUAAACGACUUCCUGCCAGAUGAUAUAGAGUCGUUACAGUCGGAGAGCAAAAAGAAGCUUCGACAUCGUGUGGCCACCGCCAUGAAGCUGCUGAACUUCGUCGAGGGCUUCGAGGACAGCGACAGCGACGACAUUACUACACCUGUUUCUCUCUCACAGGUUCUUGUGCGUCAUCGUAAUCGUAGUGCUAUCAGGAGCCUUGCAGCCAUCAACCAGGAAAAUAAUGGCUUUUGUAGCAACUGUCUCCUUCGCUGCCGCAGCUGCGGUCGUCGCAACCUUCAAAAGUGUGACAAAAAGUAAAUGAAUUUAACUGAAUUUGUCUAUUAUGGUAUAUUAUAAAUGUAAAUUUCAGUUAUAGAUAAAAAUAAAUAUAGUUCUUAAUGGAAUUCUAAAUUCCCGGA